AUGUUCAGACUAUUCGACCUACCCGUCGAAAUCUUCCACCUCGUGCUCUCCCAUCUCGCCCACAUCUCCAUCCGCAGCGUCCUCGCCUCACGCGGGACCUGCAAAGUUUUCGAAACCAACAUCCAAAAAAUCCUCAAAUAUGAAAUCGCAAACCUCGGCCAUGCAACAUACGCUCUUCUGCAAACACACUUUCCCACAAUCUUAGACUCCUCAGCUGUCCCGUCCAUUCGGUAUCCCGGCAAAUACGACAGGCUUGCACCACUGCGCAACCUUCCCUGGGCUGCAAAUUCCAAGAUCCGCGAACGCUGGCUGCGCCCUGAAGCAACAUGGCGCCGCCUGCCUCUCGCAUCAGCAAACGGCGCUAUUGUGCGCAAAAUGCAAGUCGUAUCAACUUCUAGUCCAUAUAGUGAGCUAGACAGCAUCAGCGGGUACGACGUGAUGUUUCCGCGUCAAAUCCUGCAGCGCGACUUCAAAGGGUUUCAAGACCUCGUGUCUGCCAGCAAGUACUACGGCCCUCCGCAGAGCGUGACGCUGGGCUGGCUAUACGAUUUUAUUGUCUGCGAGCGGUGGAGGUUGAAGGAAGGCUGGGAGAUGCAUUUUGGGAUUGGGGUGAGGGAUAGAAGGGAGUUUAGGGAUAUGGGGUAUCGAUUUGCGGCGGGGAGUAGAGAUAGGAUUGAGGUUGAGGAGAUUAGGGCGUAUUGUGAGGUUGAUGAGGAAUGUGCGGUGCUGAUUGAGCGGAAGAGCGCGGUAUUUCAUGAAAUCCCUAAAGCCACUUCUGAGGGCUAA